AGGUCAUUAACCAAAGACCACAAGGUAAGGAGGGUUUUGGUUAUGUCCAAGCAAAGUCUUCUACUUUGAAAUUGAAAUAGGAAUACUUUAUAUUGAGUCUACUCUUGCCUACCCAUCAUGUUGGAAAGAUCCAUUUCCAUGUGCAACUUCCAUUAUUUUUUGUAAUUGUUUUGCCUCCUUCACCACUCUUUUACUACACUACUCAACACUAAACACUUACUCCAUACUCCUUUUUUAUUUUUUAAUGUCAAGCUCUCUUUUCUUGUCUCCCUUUAUUUUAAUCCACUCAAGUCUCUCUCUUUCCCAUGAUUCUGUCCUUAGAUCCGUGAGUAAGGUUUUAUAACACCAAGUACACACCAAACAAACCCUUAUUUUUCUAAUCAUCAUUCAACCUAUUAGCUAGUGAUUAUAUAGCUUAACUCUUUGUUUUUGUUGAAUUCAAGAGGGGGAAAAAAGUAUUAAAGUUUUGAUCUUUUUUAUUUUUAUAUGAAAAUCAAAAUAAUUGGGUUGUUUAAACAUUGAUUGUUUGUUUGAUUGGUUCUUCUCUCUCCUUCCUUUGUCCCCCAAACUGGGGGUUUCUGGCAUUUUUAGCUCUUCUUCCAAUGAAUUUUCAAGUACCCUUUUGUUGGGUUCUGAGCUUUGUAGCUUGUUCUAUCCAUAUCUUCCUCUCUCCUCUAUAAUGGACUCUAAAAAUGUCAUUUUUUGUGACAUUUUGUGUAAGAUUUUGAUCUUUGAGUAGUGGGUUUUGAACUUAAUGUUGGAUAGUUGCUACUAAGUUGGAGAACACAACAGAAAUCUGAUUAACUUCCUGAGCAUUUUUCUUGAUUCAUUUGUUUUUUUGUAGUUCUCAUUGUUAAAUUUCUUGUUCUAAAGUUUUGGUUGAUGGGGAAAUUUUUGGGGUUUUAGCCAAGUAAUUUGAUUCAAUUUUAGGGAAAUAAUGGAAUCUGGGAAUAGAUUUUAUUCAGUUGAUGAGUUUCAUUUGGAUUCUAAGUGGUUGGUUGAUCCAAAUCUGCUCUUUGUUGGACCAAAGAUUGGUGAAGGAGCUCAUGCUAAAGUGUAUGAAGGAAAGUACAAGAACCAAAAUGUUGCUAUCAAGAUUGUUCAUAGAGGAGAAACGCCGGAGGAAAUCGUCAAGAGGGAGGGUCGGUUUGCGAGGGAAGUAGCUAUGUUGUCGAGAGUUCAGCACAAAAACUUGGUCGAGUUUAUUGGUGCUUGCAAAGAACCCGUCAUGGUGAUUGUUACUGAGCUUUUGUUGGGGGGAACAUUGCGUAAAUACUUGCUGAAUAUGCGGCCAAAGUGUCUGGAUAAAAGAAUUGCGGUAAGAUUUGCCCUCGAUAUUGCUCGUGCAAUGGAAUGCCUUCAUGCUCAUGGAAUCAUCCACCGGGAUUUAAAACCAGAGAACUUAUUAUUGACGGCGGAUCACAAAACAAUAAAACUUGCAGACUUCGGUUUAGCAAGAGAAGAAUCAUUGACUGAGAUGAUGACGGCUGAAACAGGAACAUAUCGGUGGAUGGCUCCUGAGUUGUACAGUACUGUUACUUUGAGGCAAGGUGAAAAGAAACAUUACAACCACAAAGUUGAUGCAUAUAGCUUUGCAAUUGUCUUGUGGGAGCUGCUGCAUAACAAGCUACCUUUUGAAGGCAUGUCAAACUUACAGGCUGCAUAUGCAGCGGCUUUCAAGAACGUAAGGCCUAGCGCAGAUGACGUUCCUGAAGAUUUAGCGGUAAUUUUAACUUCGUGCUGGAAUGAGGAUCCGAGUGCUCGACCCAACUUCUCUCAGAUAAUCCAAAUGCUCCUUCAUUAUUACACUACGAUUGCACCUCCUGAGCCAGCAAUCCCUGCACGAAUAUUCACCCGAGAGAAUUCCAUCCUACCUCCUGAAUCUCCCGGCACGAGUUCUUUGAUGGCUAAAAAGGACAGCACAGGCGAAACCCCAAGGGCAUUAACCGAGGACAAGCCUAGAGGUUUUUUCUUUUGUUUUGACGAAUGUUACUAGCCUAAUCGAUCUGGUAGAUGAAAACCGACUUUCUAAACACCCGAAUAUGGGGUUGUUCAGAAAGCUCAAUGUAGCAUAGUUUAGUGAACAAUCUAUUGUAACUUCAAAUAGAAGUUUAUGAUGAAAUAGAAUAUGUCUAAAUUGCUUCUUU